AUACGAUUACGUGAAUAUUUGUGGAAAGUUUCGUCUAUUCGGGCCAAAAAUGUUUUCACGCUCACGAACUCUCGGGCCGGCGAUGUGCCGAUGCUACACCCAAAUCAAGGGCGGCUCCAAUCCAGCAGGCCGCAGCAGUGGAGCAGGCGCUCCUCCGUCUAGUUCCAAAGUAACGGGCCUGAGCAGCAACUGCGUGAAACCCACAUCAGCUCCUGUGGGACCAGGCGCUUCAGCAUCCAGCGGCUACAAAGUUCCCGAAUACUUCUCCUUUAACCGAUUCAGCUUCGCUGAAGCCGAGGUGGAAAUGUCCAAGUAUCGCUGCCCACAGCCAUCUGCGCUGAAGAAGUAGUGGCGUGGAGUGGAGAUUCCAAGGAGAUUGCGAAACCAAAUGUAGUAAAUGUAUAAUAAACGGAACGUUUCCUAAGCCAGCCUCAAUAUCA